UUUUAACAAAGUGCAAAUCCAAAGCCUGGUUGUUGUAUUCUUGUGGCAGCAAGAAGUAUUGUCUAUUGGGGGCACACCAUAAAAGGAGGAGAGUUUCCUGGCAUUUGUCUUCCUCUAUUUGCACAAAUCCCAUCUGUUGGGUUUCAUUUUUCAUGGCUUUUUCAAGUAAUAACUUGUUUUGAGGGAGCAGGAAGAAGCUAGGAAACACUAGCCUUGCUGCUGGCUGAGAGAGGGAGAGAGAAAUCAAGGGAAGGGGAAGGAUUUUUACAUUAUUAGAUAGCUUCAUCAAUGUCAAACAUCACGAGCCGUGACAGUGGGAGUUUCUCCCCAGAGAAUACCAGAGAAGAUGCAGUUAUUAAACAGCAUCCUCAUCGUCAUCACUUUCACAGUUCGGGUUCUCUUACUUCAACCACCACUAACAGCAACGGUUCCAAUGCCAAUUCCCAGCUGCCUCCUCCUCCUCCUCCUCCUAAGAAGAAAAGAAGCCUCCCAGGAAAUCCUGAUCCAAGUGCUGAAGUGAUUGCUCUAUCACCGAACACCCUGAUGGCGAGAAACCGAUUCGUGUGUGAAAUCUGCAACAAAGGAUUCCAAAGGGAUCAGAACCUGCAAUUGCACCGGAGAGGCCAUAACCUGCCAUGGAAGCUUAAACAGAGGCCGACCACAGAGGUUCGAAAGCGUGUUUAUGUUUGUCCAGAGCCUUCGUGCGUCCACCAUAACCCAGCACGAGCACUGGGUGACCUUACUGGCAUUAAGAAACAUUUCUCAAGAAAACAUGGCGAGAAGAAAUGGAAGUGCGAAAAGUGCUCUAAGAGAUACGCAGUCCAAUCCGACUGGAAAGCCCAUUCUAAGAUCUGUGGCACUAGGGAAUACAAAUGUGACUGUGGCACCAUCUUCUCCAGAAGAGAUAGCUUUAUCACCCAUAGAGCUUUCUGUGACGCGUUGGCCGAGGAGAAUAAUAAAGCCAACAAUGAAGGACUGCUAGGGCCAAAAUUAUUGGGUCCAAAUUCAAACUCACAAGGUCAACAUCAAAUCCCAAGUCUCGUUUCUUCAAUGCCAAUCAACACCAACUUCAACCCACAAAACGGGACGCCCCACUUUGACCACCCCGAUGAAAUUAAGCAUCCAGUAUCUCUCCUUCAUCAGGAGCUCGUAGAAUUUCCAGCAAAGCCAUUCAACUGCAUGGCAGGAAGCGUAUUCGCAAGAAGCCACAGCUCCUGUCCAUCACUUCAACUGGGAUCAAAUAAUUCCCUGAGCAUGUUGGAAGAGAACGAGCACCAACCAGGCGGAUCAGUCCACAUGUCAGCCACGGCAUUGUUGCAGAAAGCAGCUCAAAUGGGAGCAACUAUAAGUAACGGUGCUAACAGCUCUUGCAUGGCACCCUCGUCAUUUGGGAAUAAUAAUGACCACCACCUGAGCAGUGGACAAUCUUUUAAUAUUCCAUCAUCUCAGUAUUUCAGCGGAAAUAAUAGCUUUGGGAUGAACAGUGUGGAUAUGUUCAAUGCUAUAUUGGACCAAAGCAAGGCGCUAUCGGAGAUGAUAGAGCAGAAUAGUCGAAGCAGUAAUAACAUGAACAACAACGGAGUUUUGCAUGGUGCCAGUAAAGGAGGUGGAGAUGUGUUGACUCUGGACUUGUUGGGGAUGGGAGGAGGGGGACGCGGUGCGCACGAUGCCUUUCUAUGGCGCCAAGCAGGCUGAAAAGGCUGCAACUUCUAUAGGCCACGCAGGCUUUGAAUCAUUUGGAUUAACUUUUAUAUUCACUUUAGUCCUCCA